AUGGUUGACAACCGUUACGCCACGGCUUUGGUCAUCAGCUGUGUGCUCAGCUUGCUGGCUACUGUGUACCUGUCUGUAGCGAUUGGAACGCAGCACUGGUACCAGUACACCAGUCCACCGGUGCGAGGCGAGGCCAACGUAUCCGAACUGCGGUCACUGUAUGAGGAAUUCAUGGACGGGGAAUUCGAUGAGAAGACCUACAGCGACACGCUCUUCCGUCUCAACGGGACCACGGGCCUCUGGUGGCGCUGCGUUCUGGUGCCAUCUCAUACCCACUGGUACAAGGAGUCAGGUCUGAUUUAACCUACCCCCUCCCAUAAACUCAUGCAACACGGAUUUCCUCUAAGUAAUUUGUGGAUCGAAUCCAUGGUUUUUGUCGGGGCAUGAUUUAUGUUUUUUUUUUGUUUUUUUUUUAAUUUCUCCUUGUUUCAGAUCCAAAGACGUGUGUUAGCUUCACGUUGCCACAGCAGUUUACUCCGAAGUACAAAGAGCCAGGGAACCACAACAGUGGAGAGGACAUGCUGCGGACCUGUAAGCCUCUAUUCAUUUAUCUUGCAAAUUGCAAUGUAUUGAUCUGUUAACCAUGCCCAGCUUCUGUGAUAUGCUAUGCAUGCUCAAUGCCUUAUGCCAGGGGUCACUAACUCCAGUCCUGGGGAAAAAAAACAAUUGGGGUGUCCAGGCUUUUGUUCCAAUCCAGUACGAACACACAUUGAUUCACCCAGUAGCUCUCCAGGACCGGAGUUGGAUCACCCUGUCUUAUGCCUAUACUUCAGUAAUUAAUGUCUUAUGCCCACAUUGUGUGAUAUGCGUUAUGCAAUGCGUGAGAAACGUAUACCUGGCAUCUGUGAUCUUCAAUAAUAGACGCAGUAUCGUUGUAUGCACUCGGAUGCUCUUGCUUUUUCUAUCUGAAAUGUUGUGGCGAGAGUUUUUUUUUUUUUUUACUGCUUGCCUAUUAAGUUUAAACGUGGAUCCCUAUCUGUGUGCAGACCUGUGGAGGUGCCAGUUCCUGCUGCCAUUAAUCUCCUUAGGACUUGUGGUGCUGGCAGGCUUGAUAGGGUUCUGUGCCUGCCUCUGCCACAGUCUCACCCCCACCCUGGGCAUAGGAAUGCUCCACCUACUGGCUGGUGAGGGAUUUUAUUCAACGUUGUGUUGUUCUCAUCACUCUAUUCUGAGUUGUAUAGCCUUUCUUCGUUGUUUCCAGAAGGGCCGUUCAGUGUUCAUGGCAUCAUGGCUAUUGGCAACUACUUUGCACUUCUAUGUCACAUACACUAGUCCAGUGUUUCCCAAACUUGGUCCUGGGGACCCCGAAAGGGGUGCACGUUUUUUUUUUUUUUUUUUUGCCUUAGCACUACACAGCUGAUUCAAAUAACCAACUCAUCAUCAAGCUUUGAGUGCAGCUAUCCUUGAGAACAUGUUUUAAGACUCACCACCGACACAACAGUAGUUGAACGAAAAAGUAAUCCUUGAUUCCCCCCCCCCCUCCUCUCUCUCUCUUCCACCUGCUCUCCCUGCAGGCCUGUGUACUCUAGCCACAGUGUGCUGUUACCUGGCAGGGAUGGAUCUCCUCCACAGAGUCUCUGUUCUGCCAGGCAAGGUGGAUGGCUCCCUGGGCUGGUCCCUCUACCUGGCCCUCAUCUCCUCCCCGCUGCACAUGAUGGCCGCCGCUCUCCUGGUGUGGGCGGCGCGAAGUCACAGUCAGAACUACUACCGCAUGACUGCCUACAGGGUAGCAUAG